AUGGAUACCAACUUUCUACCCCCGAUCAGGACCGAUGCAGACAUUCGAGUGCUUACACUCGCUCCUAAUCAGAACAAUUCUUCAGGUCAUUCGGAUGUAAUAGCUUGUGAGUUCGAAAACAUAUCAAUCGGAGGUAGUGUUCUGUACACAGCCGUCUCGUACGUGUGGGGUGAUGACUCCUGUCUACGUUCCAUCGCUAUCAAUGGUGUCGUGGUCCAAGUACGUAACAAUCUAUGGCAGUUCUUGCACCAGAUGCGCCAAGACUCACAUACAGGCUACCUAUGGAUUGAUGCAUUAUGUAUUGAUCAGAAAAAUCUGGAGGAGCGAAGUAGUCAGGUUGCAAUCAUGGGCAAAAUAUAUUCGGGUGCUGCCAACGUGUUUGUAUGGCUUGGUGCAGCGACAGAAGCAUCUGAAGAAGAACGGUUACUCGGCACCGUAUCCCUCUGUUUCCUCGAGCCUAAUGGUGUACUCGCCGUCAAACGAAAUAGAAGAAUACACCAACAUAGCAAGAACCUCCUCGCAAGACUGUCAAAGCACGUCUACUGGACUCGAGUCUGGGUAACACAGGAGUUCAUCCUUGCA